AUGGCUCCGAAUUUGCAGCUCCAUCGAUAUUUGAACCUUCAUGAUUCCGAAGAGACCCACAUCUUUACCUUUUUGCUCGAGAACCCAGACGAUUUGUAUUCGAUUGAAGUGAGAUCCAACCAGUUUAGAUUUGGCGGACUUGAUUGGUACAUUUAUACAAGCAGAUCUUCGGCUGAAUAUAUCAGUUUGUAUCUGAGAGUUGUUCAUCUCGACAAAGGCGUAUCCGCAACGCUCAAAUAUGCCUUCUCAAUCAUCAAUCCUCAAAAUGCAAAAGCCACUGUUCGAAAUGAAAGCCCCCCAGAAGGCCGAACUUUCAGCCAAAAAGACGAAGUCUUCUCCUGGGGCUGGAAAGAGUUUGCUAGAAAAGACCGCGUAUGCCAACGACACAGAGGAUACAUCUACGACAUCAACAAGAUGGAGAUUCAGCUGGAAAUCAAAGGCAUUCGGAUUUUUUACGAAGAAGAAUUGACGCUACCUGGGAUAGACCCGACGAAUCCGUUUACGGUAAUAGAAUGCAAUCAAUUUACAGUUGGCGGAUUUGCUUGGAGACUUGUGGUCUAUCCAAAUGGCGAAGAUAUGGAAAACAGGGGCAAAAUUUUGGUACGGCUUCAGUGCGCUACGGGCAGACAAUUAUCAAGAUGUAGGACAAGAAUCUACCUGAACGAAGUCUAUCAAUCAGAAGAAUUCGAAAGCAUCUUUCCUGCUAACGAAAUCUCAGAAACCGAUCGACCAGCCAGAUUUGACGGUCGAGCAGGUCAACGACUCUUUGACAGCGAAGUCGACAUCCACCUCAAAAUUGAGUUUCUCCAACUCUCCUACAUGGUUGAAGAGUUUAUUCCGCUAAGCAACCCUGAUACCUAUCCGAUUUUCGUGCUGAAUGAGUUUGAAGAUCUGACUUCAACUCAAUGGACGCUCAAAACUCUUCUCGGCGAUUUCUUUAGCUUCAAACUUGACAUGCCUGAUGUUGACUCCAAUUCGAUUCCAGAAAUGCAUCAUAAAUAUGUCGCCUGGAACGUUUAUCUCGUCCCUUCAAGAGUUGUUCUCAAUCGUGACAAAGCCCAUGAGCCCGUUAGAGAAAGACUGAUUCGUGCGGCUACUUCAACAAUGCUCGCUAGAGCUCCAAACAUGAAUCUCAUCAACGACAAGGGCCGACUAUCCGGCUAUUUCAACGAGAGCUGGUCUGAGUCGGAGGUCUGCAAGUUUAAUAUCAACCCAAGAGAUUUCUUCAACGACUCUGAUUUCACCUUCGUCUCCUCAAAAAACGACUUGCUCACAUUUGCUGUCCGAAUCGAGUUUACCACUCAGCUGCUUGUCUUUAAAACACCAGCUCCAUCGCCGACAUCUGAUAAAGAGCGAAGAAAUGUCAUAAAACUUCAAGCCGAUAAUAAAAUUUUGAAAUAUCAACUUGGAUCUCUUUCGCGAGAUUAUGAGCUGCUUUCUUUGAGCGUCCCAAACACUCAACAAGUCAAGACCGUUUCAAUUAAAUUUACCUCCGAUUUCGCUUGGCGUCUGAUGCAGCUUUUCUCCACUGGAAACAUAGAAGAGAACAUCCAGCAGCGACCGUACAUCUCUCCAGCAGAAGCAGGAUGCGCGACCCCGACAAUCCUCCCAGAAAAAGUGCAAAAGAGUCAUCUUUCUGAGCUCAAAUCGAAAAUCGAAGAAUUGACCGAUGAAAUGCUGCAAAUCUGCGAAAAGGGCUUGAAUCUUCCUAUUCAGCGAUUUUACCUCGGUGGCCCAAUUUAUCUCCAGACGUUUUGCCCGUCAAAGCCACAUGGAAUCAUUGUCAUCUACUCAAAAUCACUUCCUUUUGAUGCGCAAAGAAAGUGGCAACCUGCAUUUUUGCAAGUAGUGGCGGAAGAAGUGAAGGGUUUCGCAACUCGUUCUGAAAAUCAAGUCCACGCACUUUGGUACAUUCCAGCUGUCAUUGAACGAAGAGACAUCUUUGUUAUGGAACAAGAUGAAAUUGUGAGACAUGCAAUUCGAAGUGCUAUCUCUUGGAGAAACUCGAUUGACUGGGGCGGGCGGACUUGGGAACCCAACGACUAUCUUUUGUUCUGGGCUCAAGAGGCCGACAUUCAAAGACAGUACGAACUUGGAGGGGGUAAAAUGGCAGAGAUAAGUAGCAGUGGAUGA